AUGUGUGAUUUUAAUUCUUUAGAAUUAAGUUACAAAGAAUAUGAUGGUUCGCACACAUUUUACGAAACGAACGGUUCACUGAGCUAUGAAAGCAAUGAAGAAUCAGAAAAUUCUGAUAAUAGGAGAAAUGUAAGCGAUACAUUAAAUAAAGAUAGAAAUAACAAAGUAGAGAAAUAUAUAAAGCUAGAAAAUACAUUAAAAAUUUGGGCAGGUACAAAUAAAGUUAUUAACUUUAAAAAGAAAGAUGAUCAUGAAUUGAAUAAGACAAUAUAUAAUUAUAAUAAUAAAGAAAUUCAUGUUUCAAAUAAUAUAAGCGUUUUAAAUUUAAAUAAUAAUAAUUUAGAAAAUAUAAAUUUUUUGGAUGAUAUAUUAAUACAUACAUAUAAGCAUAAAAAUUUGGAACUAGAUAUUUUAUAUUUAAAUAUUAUAACCUUAGAUAUAUCUUUUAAUAAAUUAGAAGAUAUAAAUGAUAGUAUAUUAAAUCUGCACAACCUAAAAGUGUUAUAUCUUCAUUCUAAUAAAAUACAGAAUAUUGUUCAGGUUAAAAAAUUACAAGCAUUAUUGAAAUUAAAAAAAUUUACAAUAGAAAAUAAUCCAAUUAUGGAUAUAUACAACAAAUUUUAUAGACAUUUUAUAAUUCAUUAUCUUCCUCAAAUAAAAUCUCUGGAUUUCCAUGAUAUUUCAAAAAUUGAGAAGAACAAAUCUGAUAUUACUUUUAACACCCAUAAAUAUAAAUUCAAUUUGGAAUGA